AUGGAGGAAACUUCAUCGUUCGAGACGAGCGAGAUGACGGCCAACUUCCUGGCCUCCACCCCUCUGCUGACGGAGUCGUGGCGCCUCUGCCAGCUGGCCAACGCCAGCCACGGCGCCGUUGGGGGCGAGGGCGAAAAGGUCGGAUUCGCGGCGGAGAUUGGUGGGACGACGACGAGCAGGCGGGUGGGUUACGUGGCGUUUUCGGCUGCCGGAAUCGCGCCGCCGCCGGGGGAGCCCGGGGGAUGGGGGAAAUUGGUUGGUCUGGAAGCGGCUGGGUGUUGCUGGGCAAAGAGUCUCUUCUCCGAUCGGAGGAGUGGGGAAGAAGGGGAGGAAGGCGGCGGAGGGGGAGAAUUGGAGCCUGUUAUGGUUUGCGGUGAGCUGCUGCGGAUCUUCUGGUCAGUAUACCAGGAUACGCGCUUCCAAUCCCAGAUAUCAGAAGUAAUGCGGGAAUGCAACUCUGUAGUGGUGACAGGGCAUUCAAUUGGAGGAACAAUAGCAUCACUGUGUGCAAUUUGGCUACUUUCUUGUCUGGAAUCCACCUCUCCCCGCCCAUCUGUCCUCUGCAUCACCUUUGGGUCUCCACUGCUUGGCAAUGAAUCACUCUCUCGAGCCAUUCUAGCCCAAAGAUGGGCUGGAAACUUCUGCCAUGUCGUCUCGAGGCACGACAUCGUGCCAAGGCUCCUCUUUGUCCCAGACCUUGCUCCUGUCACUCACCAGCUCCACUCCCUGCUCCAUUUCUGCCACCUCUCUUUGUCAGCUCCACAGCUUGGAACUUCUCCGCUGGGUCUGCUGCAGCAACUCACAGAUGAAGCCAAGACAAAGCUUUUCCAUCACGUCAUGGCUUCGCUGCAUGCACUGUUGGAGUUUGGAGGAGAAGGAAGGAAGGCGAACAAGGGUAGUUCGUUUUCGCCCUUCGGUAACUAUUUCUUCUGCUCCCAAGAUGGUGGAGCCAUUUGCGUGGACAAUGCAGCUUCUGUCGUCAGAAUGAUGUAUCUGCUCCUUGGGAUGGGGUCACCUAGUUGUAGCAUUGACAGCCAUCUAAACUAUGGAGUUGUGGUAGAGAAAGUCUGCUCUCAGUUCCUGACCAACAGAAGCUUCUUGCAAUCCGAGCUUCCUGAAUCCAGCUAUGAUGCCGGUCUUGCUCUGGCCUUACAGUCCUCGGGGAUCGAUUCCCAGGAACCGAUUGCAAGACCAGCGAAAGACUGCCUGAAGAUUGCCAAGAGACUGGGGAGAAAACCAAGCCUAAAUUGUGCCAAUCUAGCUAUCAAACUGUCGCAGGUAACACCUUACAGGGCUGAAAUCGAAUGGUACAAAGAAUCCUGCGACAGGUGCGAUGAUCAGAUGGGGUACUAUGACUCCUUCAAGCACAGAGGUGCCUCAAGGAGAGACGCCAAAGUGAACAUGAAUCGCCACAAGCUGGCCCGGUUCUGGGACAAUGUGAUCACCAUGUUGGAGACCAACCAUCUCCCUCAUGACUUCCACAAACGAGCCAAGUGGGUCAAUGCCUCUCAGUUCUAUAAACUUCUGGUUGAGCCACUGGACAUAGCGGAAUACUAUAGAAUUGGUAUGCAGCGGAUCAAGGGACACUACAUAACAUGUGGAAGGGAGAAGAGGUACCAGAUCUUCGACAGGUGGUGGAAAGAAGGAAUCGACAGGCAAGAAGAGAGCAAUACGAUGAUGAUGGUGAUGAGGAGCAAGUUUGCAAGCUUGACACAGGACACAUUGUUCUGGGCAAGGGUGGAGGAAGCCAGAGAAUGGUUGGAGAGUGUCAGGACUGAAAGGGAUCCUGGGAAAGCGGCCGAGUUAUGGGAGAAACUCGAUGGAUUUGAGAGGUACGCAAGAGGAUUGGUUGAGAAGAAGGAGAUUUCCAAGGACGUUGUGGCAAAAAAUUCCAGCUAUUCCUUGUGGGUGAAGGACUAUCAAGAGGUGAAAUCACAAGUUGAGACACUCUUGCGCCCCCAGUUUCCUAAUUUGAUGGAUGCGGAGGUGGUUCCCUAA